AUGCUUGCGCCCGCUGACAAAACCACCCCUCUAAAGAGCUCCGAAGCGAGGCUCUUCACUUUCUCUCAGGAGACAAAAGACCAUCUUCGCAAGUUUCGUUUGGGAACCUCGAGAUCCAGCGAUCCUCAGGCCGUCAUUUACACGAUCGACAAGAAGACCAAGGAGAUUAAGCAAGAUGAGGACAAGGUAGUCUACAAGUCUUUGGAGGAGAUUGGGGAUGAUCUCCCAGACCACACACCAAGAUUUGUGCUGCUCAGCUAUCCUUUGACGAUGCCGGACGGUCGUCUCUCGGUUCCAUACGUUAUGCUAUAUUACCUUCCCAUCACCGCCAAUGCCGAGUUGCGCAUGCUUUACGCCGGCGCAAAGGAGCUGAUGCGAAACACAAGCGAGGUUGGCAGGGUCAUCGACAUUGAAAGUGUGGACGACCUGGAGGACAUUCCCAAGCAACUGGCGUCUGCAAACUGA